AUGAGCAGCGAGGGUAAGGACGCGGUGACCGGGGCAUCUUCGGACCCAGGUAGGGAGGCGGUGGCGGCCAGUUACCAGCGCUUCGAGCCUCGCUCCUAUCUCCGAAACAAUUAUGGACCCCCUCGAGGGGACUUGAGCCAACCAGACGGCGUGGGACCCUGGAAACUGCGAUGUCUAGCUGAAACCUUUGCCACGGGUGAGGUGACUGGUCACAGCCUCAUUGAUAUUGGCUCUGGCCCCACCGUGUACCAGGUGCUCAGUGCUAGCGCCCACUUUGAGGACAUCACUAUGACUGACUUCUUGGAGGUGAAUCGCCAGGAGCUGGGAGUCUGGCUGCGACAGGACCAUGGUGCCUUUGACUGGAGCCUCUACAGUCAACACGUGUGCUUCAUUGAGGGCAAAGGAGAGUCUUGGCAGGAGAAGGAGCGUCAGCUUCGUUCCAAAGUGAAGAGGAUCCUGCCCAUUGAUGUGCACCAGCCCCAGCCACUGGGUCCUGGGAGCCCAGCUCCUUUGCCCACGGAUGCCCUGGUCUCAGCCUUCUGCUUGGAGGCAGUGAGCCCUGACCAUGCCAGCUUCCAGAGGGCUCUGGACCACAUCACAACCCUGCUAAGACCCAGUGGGCACCUCCUGCUCAUAGGAGCCCUGGAGGAGUCCUGGUACCUGGCAGGGGAGGCAAAGCUAUCUGUGGUACCCAUUCAGGAGGGGGAGGUGAGAGAAGCUUUGAGUCAAAGUGGGUACCAGAUCCGAGAUUUCCGAACAUAUACCAUGCCUGCAUACCUGCAGACUGAUGUGGAUGAUGUCAAAGGCAUCUUCUUUGUUUGGGCACAGAAGACAGUGGCAUGAAGGGCCUGAGAUAUCCGAUGUCUGGUGCCCAUUCAUUUCAGAGUCCAUACUGUGCCUGAGCUGGCACAAUAAAAAAUAUAAUCCCCAUUUCUUAGGUGUUGUAGUUGCUGUGAUUCUCACAGAAAAUGCACGUGUCU